UAAGCUGUCAUCUUACCUCAACCAUGUGUUUAUUGUUUUCAUGUUGUUUUUUUUCAAUUUUCUUUUCGCGUGUUUAAAUAAAUGAUAGUGUAAAAUGCCGGCAGUAAUUGAUAAAGAUGUUCUUAUAUACAAGGGGAGUAAUUUCCUUCGGCAGAGACUAUUGCUAUCGACACUUAGCGGCCGUGCUAUCAAAGUUGAAGAGAUUCGCAGCGGACACGACGACCCGGGUCUUAGAGAGUACGAGGUGAAUUUGAUCCGGUUGCUGGAUAAGGUGACAAAUGGGACAAGGGUGGAGCUGGGUGAAACAGGGACGUCGUUGUAUUUCCAGCCAGGAAUUUUGAUCGGAGGUCAAGUCAACCACAGUUGCUGUACACAGAGGGGUAUAGGUUACUACCUAGAAGUGUUGCUAGCUCUGGGUCCUUUCUGCAAGGAGCCUUUGAACGCAGUCCUGCAGGGUGUCACCCACAGCGAUCUUGACGUGUCUGUAGACAAAGUGAAGUCGGCUGCAUUGCCUGUACUACUGAAGUUCAUAUUGGUUGAUGACGGAUUGGAUCUCAAGGUAGUGAGGAGAGGAGCGCCACCUCUGGGCGGUGGUGAAGUGGUAUUCAAAUGUCCAGUACGUCGCCACCUCCGCCCUCUGCAAUGGACCAAGUGGGGGCUUGUGAAGAGGAUCCGAGGAGUCGUGUACGCUCUGAGGGUGUCUCCGACUAUGGCUAACAGAGUCGUGGAGGCUGCCAAGGGAGUAAUGCUGAACUUCCUGCCCGAUGUGUAUAUUAACACUGACCAGUGUAGAGGUCCGAAUGCGGGCAAGAGUCCCGGGUUCGGUGUCAGCCUCGUCGCUGAGACCAAUGAGAAGACAUUCUAUUGUGCUGAAGCUAAAUCUGUAGAACCUGGAAAAGGGGAGACUUCCCUGCCCGAAGACAUAGGCAAGCAGUGCGCCCAGAGACUCCUGGAUGAGGUGUACCGCGGUGGAGCCGUGGACUCUUCCUUCCAAUGGUUGGUGGCGUUGUGGAUGGCCCUUGGUCAGAAGGACGUCAGCGAGUGUGUGGUGGGUCCUUUGUCAGAUUACACUAUCAGUUUCCUGCAGCAUCUGAAAGAGUUCUUCGGAGUGAUGUUUAAGUUGGAGGUGUUGAGGUCAGAAGACGAAGAUGAAGACGAGACCCUGUCAGCGCAGAAGGUCAAGAUGACGUGUGUGGGCAUAGGAUAUGUUAAUAUUAGUAAAAGGACGUUAUAAUAA